AUGAGGAACUUGAAGCUGCUGAAGAGCCUUCAUAAUUCAGAGCUCCAGAGCCCGGGCUCGCCACAGUGUUUAUCGCUGCGCGUCGACUCCGGAACGUUACUGGUUGCUUCGGAGUACUCCAUCUCAGAGUUUGACCCUCACACUGGACAGGUGGUAAGUGAAGCCUCACUGACCGCAGAUGGCUACCUCCCAACCGGCGGGAGUGGUUGCGUGGUCGGGCUGCAGCACCUGGCGGAGGCUGAUUCGGCGUGUUUGGCCACGGCUGGCGGGGAUGUCAUCGUCUUUGACUUCAACACAAGUCAAUUGGAGUGUGUCGGCAGCGUGGACAGCGGCCUGACUGGCAUGAGCUGGAGUCCUGACGAAGAGCUUGUGAUUCUCACCACCGGUCAGGAAACGAUCAUCAUGAUGACUAAAAACUUUGAACCUAUGACAGAGUUUGCAAUUCACCAGGAUGAAUUUGGUGAAGGGGAGUUCAUCACAGUGGGUUGGGGCAAGAAGGAGACGCAGUUCCACGGCUCAGAAGGAAAAGUGGCUGCGCAAAGGAAGGUUCAGGAAGUCAAGCAAGCAGCGGAGUGGGACGAUCGCCGACCACGGGUGACCUGGCGAGGGGACGGGCAGCUCUUUGCCGUCGGCGCUGUCUGCCCACGCACGGGAGCCCGCAAGGUUCGAGUGUGGAACCGGGAGGGCGUCUUGCAGGCUACCAGUGAGCCCGUUGACGGCCUGGAGCAGGCUCUGUGUUGGAAACCAUCCGGAAGUCUGCUGGCAAGCACUCAGCGCCAUCCCAACAAGCACAGCGUGGUCUUCAUGGAGAAGAAUGGCCUUCUGCAUGGAGACUUCACCCUACCUCUCAAAAAAGAUCAGGCCAAGGUGAAGGAGCUUCUUUGGAACAAUGACUCCACAGUUCUUGCAGUUUGGUUGGAGGCUUUACCGUCAGGUUCUGAUGGGCACGUCAACACUUGCCUACAGCUGUGGACAGUGGCAAACUACCACUGGUACCUGAAGCAGAGUCUAGAUUUUGGGACGGACCCUAGCAAAGCGCCGGUUUGCGUGUGCUGGGACCCAGAGCACUCAUUGAGGCUCCACCUGGUCACCCGUGGCUGGACCUGCUUGGCUUACGACUGGGGCUGGACGACGGAGAGGAGCCUGGGAACGGACGCUUCGGACGGAGCCAACGUAGCUGUGAUCGAUGGAGACAAGAUCUUGGUGACCACCUUCAGGCAAAAUGUGGUUCCUCCACCCAUGUGCUCCUUUGAGCUCCAGCUCAAUUCACCCGUCAAUCAGGUGACCUUUCUCUGUCAGCCUCAGAGGACCAAUCAUCUUGUGGCGCUCACCGCUAAAGGAAAUAUAGUCAUCUUUGGCCAAGAUUCUGGAAGUGAACCUGAAAAAAGAGCAAAUGGAUUCAAAAUUGUAGCCACUCCCCUGGUCCUCCAGAAAACCUUUAGUGUCGCCGCCCUCCAGCAGGCGCCGCUUUCUCUGCGACAUUUACUCUGGCUUCAAGAUGACCUCUUUGUGGCUAUUGGCCCAGGUCUGGUACUCAAUUCCUCCACUUUGAUAUUUCUGCACCCCAGCCCUGACUCCGACGUGCUCAAAGUUAGAUGUCAAAUGGAAGUGGACGGAGUCGUGGUAAGCAUGGCCCACUGCUACAGCACACGGUCUAUGGUUCUACAGUUGGAGGACGGACGCUUACGGAAACUGCUCUGGGAUUGUGAUGAGCCGUCCACGGAGGAGUGGCGAGACUCCAGCGGGUGUGUCAUCAACUUCCCUACGCCCUGUGCACAAAUAGCCCUUUGCAGUGUGGAUGGACAGGAGCGUGUGCUGGGCCUGACGGACAGAUCUCACCUGUACGCGGGAGACGUGGAGCUCGCCUCCAACGUGUCGUCCUUCGCCGUCUGCGGGGACUUCUUGGUGGUCACCACACAUGCGCACACAUGCCGCUGUCUACGACUGAGUGCGCUCAGCCUUCAAGCGCUGCAGGUAGCUUUGUCCCAGGACAACGGCCAGAACGACGAGACCCUACGGCGGGUGGAGCGGGGGUCCCGCGUGGUCACCGUGGUGCCACAAGACACGCGGGUCGUCCUACAGAUGCCACGUGGGAAUUUGGAAACCAUCCACCAUCGCGCUUUGGUGCUGGCGCAGCUCCGGCAGUGGCUUAAUGAGUUGAGAUUCAGAGAAGCUUUUGAGUGUAUGAGGAAGCUACGCAUCAACCUCAAUCUUAUUUACGACCACAACCCACAGGUGUUCCUGGAGAACACGCACACAUUCUUGACGCAGCUCGACUCCAUCAACAGCAUCAACUUGUUCCUCACAGAGCUCAGGGAGGAGGACACAAGCACGACCAUGUACCCUCAACCUGAAGGAUGCGCGCCGCUUCCAGGGCAGCGGCCGCACACUCUCGGGCGCAAAAAGGUGGAUGUGGUGUGCGACGCUUUACUCAGCGCUAUGGAAGCCACAGAUCCCAACAAGUUUUGUCUUUCCAUACUAACGGCGCACGUAAAGAAAACCGUUCCUGAGCUGGAGACCGCCCUGCAGAAAGUCCAUGAACUUCGAGUAAAGCCUCCCGAAGGAGACUGCGGCGUGAACGCAGAGGAGGCGCUGAAGUACCUCCUCUUCCUCGUCAACGUCAACGACUUGUACGAACACUCGCUGGGGACGUACGACUUCGAUCUGGUGCUCAUGGUGGCAGAGAAAUCACAAAAGGACCCCAAAGAGUAUCUCCCCUUCCUGAACACACUAAAGAGCAUGGAGGUAAACUACCAGCGCUACACCAUCGACAAACACCUAAAACGUUACGGCAAGGCUCUGACACACUUAAGCAAAAGUGGAGAGGAGCAUUUCCCAGAAACUUUGCAGCUGGUGAAAGAGCAGAAACUGUACAACCAAGCGCUGCGUCUUUACCCAGUGGACAGCGCUCACCACAAGGCGCUGAGCUGUGCCUACGCCCAGCAUCUUCUGGAGCAGCAUCAGGCAGAGCAAGCCGGCCUGCUGCUAUGGCGAUGCGGCGAACUCAACGGCGCCCUGCAGGCCUUUACCGCCGGUGCCUGCUGGAAGAACGCCGUCUGCGUGGCGCAGCAGAUCCCGUUGCCCGACGACCAGCUAGCACUCCUGGCGCGAGAUCUUGCAGGAAAGCUAAGCGAACAGCGACGCUACACGGAGGCAGCCGUGCUGCUGGACCAAUAUGCCAAGGACUGUGAAGAGGCCAUCUUGGCGCUGAUUUCCGGCGCGGCCUGGGAGGAGGCGCUACGACUGAUUCACAUGCACAACCGAACUGACAUCACGGAGACCAACCUGAAACCCGCCCUGGUCGAAGCGGCCAGUGCGCAGAUAUACUUGGUGGAGACACAGGCGGCUACUUUCUUGCGCCACCGCACGCGUCUGGAGCUGGUGCGGCAGCAGAAGGAGGACAAAGCCCGGAUCAGCAUUCUGGAUGAGGACGGUCCCGACUGCGCCGAUGCCGAGCUUUACUCCGAGGCCAGCAGCGUCCUGAGCGCAUCCAAGUACUCGCACAGCAACUCGCGCGUGUCAUCGAGAUCUUCAAAGAACCGGCGCAAGGCCGAGAGGAAGAAACUGAGCCUGAAGGAAGGAAGUCCCACGGAGGAGCGAGCUCUUGUGUACGCCUUACGAGAGAUUGUCACCACAGUGGACAAGAUGACUGAGGAGGUGGAGGCGCUUCUCAAAGCCCUCAUGCUCUUCCGCUACGACAAGCAAGCAGAGCAGCUGCAGCUGGUCUUCGCCGCAGCUCUGCACGCCAUCGAGACGGCCAUCCCCGAAGUGUGGCCUCAGGGCACGCGUGGCAGCAACGCUCCGCUGACUGGACCAAACUCGACAGUAAACAGUAUCAUGGCUUCCUUCCAGCAGCAGCAGAUACCGUCAAUGUCACAAGAAGAUGUGGAGAUAUCCACUCCGCCUAAAUUGAGAGGCAAUGUCAAGUGGAAGCUGGAACUUUUCAACUAA